AUGUCCAUGGAGUCUAUCGCGGCUAAGGUCCAAGCUACUAGUUGGGCAGACCCACCUGCGGUUACUGUCGCCAAGUGUAUGUUGGAGCAGGUGGACUCAUCUAUUGAAGGUAUGGACGGUCACAAGUUGGCGGCUAAUAUCCGAGAGACUGCUUUGGGUAUAUUUGUGAAGGCCUUGGUCCGAGACGUGAAGAUAAACAAGCGCGUUGGUAACAAGGUUAUCGAUGAUCUCCGUGAGGAGUUAUUGGUUCCUGGGGUUGAUUUUAACAAGAUCGUUCAGACCUACGACUUUACUUGCCCCUUGUCGCGUCUUGGAGAUGUUACGUACAGUCGUGAUUUGGUUGUUGGUGUGGGCCCUCGUGAUACUUGGUUUGGUAAGGUCAAAGGCCCCCAGGUAUACAAUUCCCAAGGGUUGGUUCUAAGUACCCUACCAGUGAUUGAUUGGGAGUUGUUCAACGAGUUCGAGAGCCGUAUUAUGGACUUACCCCUAUUGAACACCUUUCAUAUUGUUCCAGAAGUUUGGUAUAAGAUGGAACCUAGACUAAGGUUGUUCAUUUGCAACAAUAUCACGAGGUUUGAUGGUAUCAGUGAUGUUGUUGAUGUUAAAUGUCUGCAUCUGGAAGGGAUUGAUUACCCUCCUCGUCUUGCUAACUUGGGUCAGUUCAUAAGGUUCAUGGUUGUACGUACCUUUCUGGAUCUCACCAACCAAUGGGAUAGUGAGAGUACCUACCCGGUUUUGGUGUUGUCUCGUAUGGCUUAUGACAGUAAGGCGGUUGUGCAGAAGGUUAAGCCAGUUACAUUGAGUCUGUUCUUCACCAUAAAAAGGGUUUAUGCUAUGUACAACACUAUCUUUUGGCGUACGCUUUGGGCGGAAUAUACUCACUGUAAUGAGUAUCAUAUCGUUCAACAGUUGGAACGAAAGUUUGAUCAGCAUUCAUUCCAAGUAUUCAAAAGGUACGAGCCCUACCUACAGUACUUCUUGGUCGACGGUGCUAUGACUGAAGGUAUAUUGGAGGCUAUUCCGCAUAUCGAGAAGGCUUACUGUUACCCUAAGAGUUCUUACUCCUCCGCCGAGGACGGAGAAAGGUCUUGGAAUAAAGAUGAUGGUACUUGGAAGUCCCCCAAUGCGUACGGUGGUAAAAAGAAUGAUGGUUCUGAGUCUAAGGUUACCUGGUCGAAGACUAUAUCGCCCGAGGGUUCCAAUAGGGAGCAAUUGGAUGAGUCUUCAUUUAAGGGUGCCAAUGAGACUCAAGGUUCUUCUUCUAAGGUCUCUGAUGUCCAUAAGGUUGAUGGAGAGUCACGAGGAUACUAUCAGCAGGAGGAUAAUAAGGUUGAGGUUGAUGUCAACGGUGUAUACUUGUAUGGUAUCAGAAUCGCCAUGGACGAGAUAUUCGAGACGCCGAACUUCAGCAUUUAUUGA